AUGGAUUCUGGAGAACCCGCCCCAUGCGAGCCCAAGGUCGAAGGCGAUGAUGCGACGUUUAAGCUGCUGAACAAGACGUUGCCGGUGCCCAAGGAAGAUGAGUGUGGUCAAGAUCAACGGCACAGCGAGGAUGGUGUGAUCCUACUAUUGAGCCAGAGCGUCUAUACGUGGACCCCGUCAAAAAGGGUGAUAUUAUGCGUGCCUACGCCCAUUGGCGAAAUCGUCACAUCCAGCACCGACAAACUGCCUAAAGGCCAACUCGUCAUGGGCGACUUUGGCUGGACCGAAUACACGGUCCAAAACGUCAAAGCCGUGCGUCCCAUCCAAGCCGACGAAAGCGCCGGCAUCCGUCCCACACACUUCAUCGGCUCCCUAGGCGGCCCCGGUAUAACCGCCUACGCCGGUCUCAUCGAUACCGCGCGCGCCACCGCUUCAGACACAGUCGUCGUGUCUGGCGCUGCCGGCGCCACAGGCUCCAUGGUAGUUCAACUAGCCAAGCACGUUGUCGGCUGCAAGCGCGUCAUCGGUAUCGCCGGCGGCCCCGAAAAAUGCAAAUGGGUAGAAUCUCUCGGCGCUGACAUCUGCGUCGACUACAAAUCCGCCUCGUUUGAAAAAGACCUCAAAGCUGCCACCGAAGGCUUUGUAGAGGUCUACUUUGACAACGUUGGCGGCGAUAUCCUAUCGCUCAUGCUGAGCCGCAUGAAGCGCUUCGGUCGCAUCGCCGCGUGUGGCGCCGUCGCUACUUACAACUCCAUGGCCGACAGCGGGGUGAAGAACUGGUUUGAGAUUAUUAGUAAUAGGCUUGAGGUUAAGGGGUUCAUUGUUAUUGAUGCUAUUACGAGUGGCAAGGCGGGACCUUGGAUUCAGGAGAUGAUUGGCGCGGUGAAGGAGGGGAAGAUUAGGGUAGGCGAGGAGACGGAGACGGUGGUUAAGACCAAGUUUGAGGAUGUGCCGAAGACUUGGAUGAUGCUUUUUGAGGGUGGAAAUAGGGGCAAGUUGGUCACUGAAGUUGUUGCUUAG